UUUUAAUCGGAGAGAGACGCGAGGAACGGGGAAGGGCCUGGUUCUAGACCCCGUGGGAAGACCAAACAUUUGUGUGCUGUGAGUGUUGAUGCAGACCCAUCACUAACAAUAUAAAACAACAACGCUUUUGACAUGGAAAAUGAUGCGACUUUACGUGUUGGCAAUAUAAUGAGUGACAGUGACGACUUAGCAUCAGACAAUAACACAAGUACUAUUUCAUUGGGUCCAAGCUUUACAAUGACAACACUGGGAAAUUCUACUAUACUUUCUGCUGGUUUGGAAACAGCCAUCAUGCAGUCAGUUCCAACUCAGAAUCUCUCUGUAGUACAAGGUUCCAAUGGUGUGUCUGUAUCAGAUUAUAUCAGGUCUAUGGCUAUCAAUCCUAGCACAGGCGCUCACGAGAUGCAGUGGAGCAGCCUCACCCCCCAGAACACUAUAAUCACCCUCCAUACCCUCCCUUUUGUAGAAGGUGGCCAAGAAAUUGCCAUCACAGACACCAACGUUGGGAAUGUGCUCAACAUCUCUGCAGAGUCUGCCAGUCUAGUGCAGACACUUAUCUCCCCUGCAGUUAAUGUUAAAAAUGAAGAGAAGAGCCAUUCAGGAGAAGAGGUGGAGUUGGGUGGACAACUGGUCAAUUUUGCAUCCACAGCAGCAACACAAUCUGUGGGGCAGACAGUAGCAGCUGCCUGUCUGCAUAUGACCAGCAACAGUCCUUUGACUGCUGUACAGGUUGGGUCGGCAGGUAUUCUGACAGCAGAGUCUGUGGAAGAGGGACAUUCAACCAUCAUCCCUGAUGCUGAGCUCUCUGAUGAAACUCCAAUUUUCACAAGAGUAUGUGCAAAACUAAAUGCUGCCGUGAUGAAUAUUGUGCCAGAGAGCCAGGAUGUUCUUCUUGAGCAGCUGGGAACUGAGGAAAAUGUACAACUAGGUAUUGACGAUCAGCGAUGCUUUACGCUUGAGGCAUCACUCUCCACAGUUGUUCGUGUCCAUAAUCGUCUUAAAGACCUCCUUAAUUUGCCACAGUACACAAGACUCCAGUUUUCUACAGAACAGGUGACAGCUUUAUCAACCUCUCAGCCACAGCAGAAGAAAACAAGUGACAAAAGUACGUCUUGUAGACUUCUGAUUCCAUUUGUCUCAUCAAAAGGAAGACAGAUCAAAGUGCCAGCUAAUUUGCCUGGAGUUCUGAACAGUAGGGAUGCCUUUGCAUCUGAUGAUGAGGCAGAAAAUGACAUUAAAAUGCCUAAACGCAAAAGGAAAGGAAAGCCAAGAAAAAUGGCCAAAAGUAAUGAGGAAGAAGAUAUAUUAAGUUCAAAAACUGAGAAAAAUGAGGUGGGAGAAAGCAGAUUUUUAAAAAAUUCAAAUGAAGAUAUUCACGCUGGUGAAAUUGAGUUUGAAAAUCGCAUGGAUGACAUUAAAGACUCUUCCUCUUCACUUUCAGUUAUUAGGAAGUCUCGACGGAAAAAGCACGAGUCCAAAGCUACACAGCAGCGGCGCAUUUAUGAAGGGAGAAUUCCUUUCAAAUUUUUCUGUAAAACAUGCUCGUUCAAAAGCAAAAGAGAGAGUCACUACCUGAAACAUCUAAAAUGUCAUGACAUGCCAGGAACAGAGUUACAUCAAUGUGAGGAGUGCAGCUUCACUACCAUACGCCUAAGCCACCUGCGACGGCAUGAACUUCUUCACAAGAAAAGCUUAGUGCGAUGUGACUAUUGUGACUAUGUCACUGAUAGCAGACAGCAGUUACAGAAGCAUGCAAAAAUGAAGCAUCCAAAUGGGAAUGCUUCUAGCCCUUCACAGCAACACCAGCUAUACAAAUGUAAUGUGUGUGGACUGACAUCUGGGAGUCAAAAGUAUUUCACACGCCAUGUUCUGAAACAUGCACAGGAAUCUUCAAAUGGACCAGUAGCAGGUCACGAUGCCUUCAAAUGCACCCAGUGUACCAGAACGUUUCAGCAAAGAGUUCAUUAUGAAAGACACUGUCGUGAUGUUCAUGGGCCUGAAGUGCGACCACACCUUUGUGACGUCUGUGGAAAAGCAUUUAAGAGGACAGAUGCACUGCAGCAACAUAAGGUGGUGCACAUGUCACAGGACACACGCACUUACCACUUUCACUGCCCGCAAUGUAACAAAGGGUGUCGCUCACAGGCACACCUGAAGGAACAUCUAACGAAGCAUGCCAGUGAUCGUCCCUUUCUCUGUCAGUACUGUGGAUCUGCUUUUAAAACUCAGUCCGUCCAGCGCAAGCACAUCCUCAGCCUUCACUUAAAGCCAGGAGCCUUCAGCUGUGACAUUUGUGGCAAAAAGUUUAACACUGGCUAUGGGCUGCAGCGCCACAGUCGAACCCAUGAAACGGAUAUAGAGAAGUUUCCUGCAGCCAUUAAUACUGUUUCAAGCGACAACCUUGUGGAUCUUGCCAUGACAGAAACUGAACAGCUUGGGCAGGAUGAUUCUGAUGCUGUGGCUGCAGCAGAUGAUGCAGCGGAAGUACUUCAGACACAGCAGCCAGCUCUGGUGCAGGAUGUGAUGACUGCAGGCAUGGAAGAGGCUUUAGAGCAGGAGGAAGAGUUGCAAGCACAGUAUAUACAGAGCACCGAGACAGCCAGUGCCCUUUUCUACCUCACUGGCAGCCUUCAGUCACUGUGAAAAUUGCAUUUUUAACAAGAUCAAAAUUGUGUUGAAAUAGUGCUCUGAAGACAUGAGCAAUAGAGGUGUUGAACUGUUCUGUCUUCAUGACUUCUUGGACUUGAUGGUGACCAUUUGAGGCAAAUCUCACAUCAUUUCAGGGUGUACUUUAUGUGAUGCAUGGUAACUGACUUUUAUUUUCUUAUCAUUGCAUCUUUGGAUCAAACAGUAUUUAUGCAAUGUGAUGAUGUAUUUAUUUUUGGUUAAAAGCUUGUGUGUGGUUUAGUCAUAAUAGAGGCCGUCUUGUGAUGCCUGUUUCUGGAGACAUUGACACAAUGAAAGGAAAUGACAAAAACAAUGAACUUUUAAAAAACAAGUUCUUAUGAAGCCUGUGUGCUAUAAAAUCCAGAAUCUCUACAUCUAUCCUGCCAAAAAGUAAGCUGCCUUGUGACUGAAAGUAUGCCUAACCUGAGGAAAAAUUACUUAAAUAAAUUAUUUAAUUAUG